UGGACUGCCGCAGAUAAUUUGAGUGGCAGCAUUGAUCAACCUCUAGAAGAUGGGGACACUGCUCUUCAUCUAACAUGUUUGUAUGGCCAUCUCCCUUGUGUGCAGCUACUGCUAGAAAGAGGAGCUUCUUUGGAGCCUAAGGAUGAAGAUGGAGCAAUCCCAUUGCAUGAUGCUUGUGCUGGCGGCUACACGGAGAUAGCCCAACUGCUGAUCAACAGCGCUCCUGACCCUGAAUGUGUGGAGAGGAUGUUGGACUCUGUUGAUGUAGAAGGUGAUACGCCUCUCCAUCAUGCUGCCAGAGGUGAACAUGUAACUGUCGUCAGGUUAUUACUAGCUUCAGGGUCUUGUCCUACUAGGACCAAUAUAAAUGGAAAGACCCCCGGUGAGCUUGCUGAACCUGAUGGUGAAGCUCGAAGAAUCUUAGAAGAAGCUGCACGUGCUGUUCCUAGCCAUUAGUCCUUCAUGCCAAGAUUUUGAUUUGGUAGCUUGGCUAUUACUACUAUAGGUUUGCCUUGUUUUAUAGGUAAAAGUUCGAUCAGAAUUUCCCCUUGGAAGCUAGGAUCAUUUAACAAUAGGGGGCAACUAUGCAUAUGAAUGUUGCAAUUAUUCCUAUGAGAUUGCAGUUCUUAGAAAAGCUAUUUCUGUCAAACGGCUAUCGCCUAUUUUUCCAGUAGAUUAAUGUUAGAAUCAAGUUCACACAAUCUUUGGUACAUUUCUUUUAUGCCUUGAUCUUAUAUCAAAUUUGCUUUUGGGACA